AUGACCAGCCCCAACGAUAACAGCCUACUAGACCGCCUGAGCGCGCUGAAGGGCGGGACAGGUUCCGGAGUGUCAUUCAACCGAUCAUCAAAUGCACUGAACGUCUCACUCACGGGCAUCGAGCCAGCAAAGCCGGCCUCGAAAGAAGAUGCACUGGCAGCUAGACUGCGGUCUCUGAGGAACACUCCAGAGCGCGAGGAGUCUCUUACUGCGCAGCCACAGGCCGCAAAGGUCACCGCAAACUCUCGUCUCGGUCACCAAAAGACCUACCUCACCCGCAGAGAACCCGCAAGCUUGUCAUCCACGUCUCCAGACUCCGCCCGGCUGCCUCACACGGAGCCUGCGACGGCUGCACCGCCCCAGACAUCCUCCAGAUCGCCCGCGCCGUCGCCCGCGCCGGCCCUGCCAGCCGUCCACGCGGGAUCAGAGGACGAUGUCGAUCCCCUUCUGCGGACGGACGACAAGACACUUGAAGAUCUUCUUAGCGACGAAGAUCUCCUUGAUGUGUCUGGUCCGCAAAGCCGAUGGCGUUUCGACCCCAAGUCUGAGUCCGCCAAGGUGACUUCUCUUCUGGACGAGCUCUCCAAGACUUCUGUGGAUCAGCGGGUCCUGUCUUGGAAGGGUUCUGCCGGCGAGUGCGAAGGGGCGCGUGAUGCCCAUAGUGACGAUGAAUCCGACGGCGAAGUGAUGAGCCGUGAGGUGGAGAAUCUACUCUCCCAGGCUCUUGAUGAUGCGAAGUUGAAUUCCCAAUCCGAGAAAAUACCUGGUCCGCCUAGCCCAGGCAGAAGUCAAUCUGCUCCAGGUCAUGGGAACCACAGGUUCUCGCAGGACGACAAUGAGGGUGACGGCGACGGUGAUUUGGGGCUCUCUCUCCCGUCUGUGCCCUCGACCUUCGCGGCGCCAAAGGCAGACGACGACGGCCCAGGCGGCCUCUCUCUUCCCUCUGUACCCUUGGGCGCGCCAAAACACGACGCCGAAUCUGAUUUCGACAACGACAUCACCGCACGUAUGGCUGCCCUGGGCGGUCUGGGUUCCUCAUCCAAUGCCAUGGGGUUGCCUUCGGCCCCUACGUUCCAGCCUGCUGAUCGCGCGGUGAAGCGGCUGACCUCCAAGACGGGAUACACCGACGAGGACGCCGAGACGUGGUGUACGGUGUGUCUGGAGGAUGCCACGCUGCAGUGCCUGGGCUGUGAGGAUGUGUACUGCGCGAGAUGCUGGCACGAGAUGCAUGCCGGCCCCGCCGCAGCCUUCGACGAUCGAACGCACAAGGCAGUCAGGUUCGUCAAGCCCAAAAAGGACAACCAGAGGGGAGUUAUGCUGGGGGCUUCAUGA